AUGUUCACGGUGGUCUUGCGCGGGGCUGUUGACCGUGGGGACCGACCGCUCUCUGCCCCACCAGGGCCCUGGGGUGCAGGCUCCUCCGGGGUCACCAGGAUCCUCAGCUGGAGCCCCCUCAGCUCUCAGUGGCGGCCCUCGAUGUGGGGUGAUGUGGUCUUCACCCUGGAAGGGAACCGGGCAGAGCUCGGUGUCCUUGGAGAGAUGCUGGCCUGGGAUUUCUCAGUGAACCCCACAGAGGAGAGGAUGCUGUCACGUUCCUUCCAGGGCCUUUCAGCCCUAGUGUGCGGUGACAGGAUCCCGCCUGGCCCUGGGAGCCGGCUCGCCCCGCCUGGCAAGGAAGUGACGGAGGAUGUGUCUGCCAUUUCCCGAGACCCGGGCGUGGAGCGGGGUCCCCCAGCUGUGGUCAGCCCACUGCUGCGCUGUGUGCGUAAUGCAAUCCGCUCCACCCAGGAGUGGCUUCAGCCCUGUGGGCCCGGUUCAGGGGUCCCCAGCAGGGGAGACACAGCUGUGGGAGCUGGGCCAUCAGCCGGCCAGGCCCCUCCCUUGUCCCGCCUGACAGGCAGCGUCCAGCACUCCCAACAGGACCGUGCAGGGCUUGCCUUCUCCUGCCUGCAGCCCCAAAGUCCGGCUGCUGUCCCUCGGGACACCUUCCUGGGCUCGGGGAUCGCCCACAUCCUCCCAUGCUGCCUGGUGCAUCAAGCAGUGCUGAGUUUCCGGGCAUCUGGGCGGAGUGCUGUGCCCACGAAGAUGGGCAUGCGGUGCGUGGAUUUGCCGGCAGCGUGGCUGUUGGGCUGUUUGCAGGCAGAGGCCCGGCUCGCAGCAAAGCGAGCAGCCCGCGCUGAGGCCCGCGAGAUCCGCAUGAAGGAGCUGGAGCGGCAGCAGAAGGAGAUCUAUCAGGUUCAAAAGAAAUAUUAUGGGCUGGAUACUAAAUGGGGUGACAUCGAGCAAUGGAUGGAGGACAGCGAGCGCUAUUCGCACAGACCCCGGAGGCGCACGUCGGCCUCAGACGAAGACGAGCGCCUGUCAGUGGGCAGCAGAGGCAGCCUGCGGUCGCAGCCUGAGCUGGAGUAUGGGGGUCCCUAUGCCUGGACUAAUGGUUAUGAAGGAGACUUGUACGGAUCCCAGCCCCCGAGCAGAAGAUCUGGCAGGGCCUCCUCUCUGUGUUUUGUGGCCCGGCCUGCAGGCAGUUACCGGGCUCCUGUGCUCCAGGACAGCAGCAUUGGCGGGGCUCGGCGGGGCAGUGCCUGCGGUUCCCUGGCUCCCUCGGAGUGCAGCGGCCACCUCAACUCUGGCUCCCGUGCCUCCUCCAGGGCCAGCUCGGCACGCGCCAGCCCGGUGGUUGAAGAAAGACCUGAAAAAGAUUUUACUGAGAAGGGCACCCGCAGCAUGCCUGGCCUGUCCGCAGCCACGCUGGCCUCCCUGGGCGGAACCUCCUCCCGGAGGGGAAGCGGAGACACCUCCAUCUCUGUGGACACUGAGGCGUCCCUGCGGGAGAUCAAGGACUCGCUCGCAGAAGUAGAAGAGAAGUACAAGAAGGCGAUGGUUUCCAAUGCGCAGCUGGACAAUGAGAAGACCAACUUCAUGUACCAGGUGGACGCGCUCAAAGACACGCUGCUGGAGCUGGAGGAGGAGCUGGCCGAGUCCCGGCGGCAGUGUGAGCAGAAGAGCAAGGAGUUCGAGCGGGAGAGGCAUGCGCACAGUGUGCUGCAGUUCCAGUUCGCCGAGGUGAAGGAGGCCCUGCGGCAGAGAGAUGCGAUGCUGGAGGAAAUCCGACAGCUACAGCAGAAACAGGCGAGUUAUAUCAGGGAGAUUUCUGAUCUUCAGGAAACAAUAGAGUGGAAAGACAAAAAGAUAGGGGCUCUAGAGAGGCAGAAAGAGUUCUUUGACUCCGUAAGGAGUGAGCGCGAUGGCCUUAGAGAAGAAGUAGUGAAGCUGAAAGAGGAGUUCAAGAAACACGGAAUAAUCCUAAAUUCAGAAGUAGCUCCCAACGGAGAAACUGAAGACACACUAAAUAACCUUGCCCCAGCCCCUACCAAGAUGACAAAGGAGGAGUUGAGUGCCCUCAUGUCACCUGGGGAUGGGACACGGGGAAGAGCCAAAGAAGUGGAGGUGGAAAAUGAAAUUGUGGAGAAUAUGGGGAAAAGAGAAAUCUUGCAGAACACUGAGCAAGAACAACACAAAGAGGACACAGUAAAAGAUGGUGUGGACAUAGAGGGAUCAUGUCCUGGUGAAUACUCCAAGGCCCAGGAACUGUCCAAAAACUUAGCAAAUGCUGAAUGUGAGGAGCAAGUCCAAAGCCAAAGUCCAGACAGCCACGAAACUGCAGAGCAGGUUGGGUCACAGGAAGUCCCAGACGUGCCAGCCGAGUGGACGGGAGCAUCCCUGGGGCACCCCGAGUGUCCAGAGGAUUCAGGCAGUGAGGCCUCAGGUCCCGUGCAUGGGCUGGACACCUGUAAUGCUUUGGAUGUCUUAGACCAAAGUGAAGAAUCUGUGGGGAGGAGGCAGGACCAAGAAAACCAAGACUGGGAAACGGACAUGGAAGAGCUUCACCGGAAACCCUGUCAGGGGCCUGAAGCGGAGCCGGCGAGCAGUGCAGAUCCCAGGGCGCCAGGCGGGGGCCACACCCAGGAGGAGGCAGAGCCAGGGGGAGCUGCAGCUGGGGCCCCUGGGAGUGAUCCUGAGCGUGGCCUGGUUGAUGAGCUGGACUCCAGCACAAGGCGCGGCUCAGAGAAGGAGCUGGCUGACCAGGAAGCAGCUGAGCCUGGGGAGGCCACCUGUCGGAGUGCAAGAGUGGGCGGGGAGGACAGCAUGGAGGAGGAGGGAGAUGGGGACACGCAGGCCGAGAAACCAGUCCCGACAGAAGCCCAGCCCAUGCCUGGGGCUCCCACAGCCAAGAGCAGCCUAGAGGAAGCCCCGGGUCCAGGGAGGGCAAACACCAACCGUGAACCCAGUGAAAGAAAAAGUGAUCACCAGGCAGAGGGAUCAGAGUCAUCCCAGAAGAAGUCAAAGAAUAAGAAAAAGAAAAAUAAGAAGAAAAAGUCACCCAUGUCCGUAGAAAGCCUGGAAGAUAUUAAGAAAGAGCUGACCUAUCCAGACACAGACAGAGGCGAAGUUCAGGAGGAGCAGGGACACCUCGCUGGAGCAGCACAGGAGGAGGUGGCCGGAAAUAGAACACAGAAAAUCACAGCAGAAAGUGGUGGAUGUGAUGAUUGUCCUGAGGCAGAGUUGGACGGAAAAUUUAACCAAGAGGAUGACAGCGUGAAAACAGAGGUAGGGACGGAGGAAGCUCUGGGCGACACCAUGGAUUUGGCGGGGAAUACCAUCCCAUCAUCAGGCACACAUGAUAGCGAUGAAGAAUUAGGGGAAGGUGUCACAGACGGUGUCGCUUCAGAGCCGGAGGACCCGGAUGGGACCAGCAGCUCCUUGCUGCAAAAUGAAAGCCUCUCAGCAGCCGUUGAGGGUACCUGUCAGACAGGAAGUCCCAAGGAAGACACAGGCAGCGUCGGCCUAGAAACGGCUGGCUUUUCUGUGCCACACGGAGAGCUGGGGGACUUGGGCUCAGAAAGUGGAGGCCCCACAAAAGAAGGGAAUGAGAAGAGCAAGGGCAAAGAGGAUUGCACUAUGUCCUAAGGCGGGCAAGCGGGCGCGGGCCAGGAAUGCUGCCACUGACCUGCCACUCCUAGGAGGUUCUGAGUAGGUACAGACUGCUGCCAUCGGCUUCCUGUGCACCGCCCAGAUCAGACCAAAAAGCGCAACUGUUCCCAGUGUUUCCAGCGGUAUGGGUAACGGAAACCUGCUCUGUGUUGCCCUAGCACUUGCCUGAGACAAAUCUGAAUGUGGGUUUUCUUGACCAAAAGCAUCCAGGCGACCAAACAGCAUUCUUAGAUUUCUGCUUUACGAAGAUUAUGGAUAUUUAAACUAAUAUAUCUCAUUCAAAUACAUAUGUAUUUUCCUCUUUGAUUAUAACGUGCAUGUUAUAACCUGUAUGGUAUUUUACUUGAAGGAGAUGAAUGGUCAAAUGGCAUAUAGGUCACUGAGUGAUAAGAUUUGCACCUUUAGGACAAUAAUUAUCAUUUUAGGGGUAACAAAUAAGUAUCUGAAAGCACUAGGGAGAUCUCAUUUGCCAUUACCACAUUGAAGUAUUUUAUUUCAUUAAAAUACUUUUGGAUCUGCUGAUCAACAAUACCUGAAUUUAUUUUGUAAAAGAUUUUGCCUUCAGAUGAUGAUGUACCAAAUUCAUUUUAUACAAAGAUUUUCAAAAAUAUUUUCUGAAAUGUUUUUCUACAGUCGACAUGAUGAGAUUGUACUUACUACUGUAGUAUUUUGGUGGGGGGAGUCAGAGUUUUUUAAAUCCUUGAAAUUCUUUCUCUUUGUGUGUCUAAUUGUUAGAAGAACAAUACAAAAGUUACUUAUUCAUGUGGAAGCUACUUAUUAGUCUAUCAUGGGAUAUUUUAAACAGUCAAAUCACUUUUGUUAUUUGGGUAUAAAUGUAUUUGUUGUUUCUCGGUAUAUUCUGAUUAGAAAAUUCUUGUUUUGUUCUGCUAAAGGAAUAUAUAUUUUCUAUAUAAAGGAACUUUAAAAAUAACUGUAAAGUUGGAUGAAAAGUCAUGAUAAUGUAAAGUUGUAAGGAAAUGUACAUUGUGAAUGCUGGUGACAUUCGAUGGGCGAUGCUACUUCCUGUGACUGUUACAAGAUGCAAUUGAGUGCAGAGACCAAACUCUCAGGAAAUCUGAGGCUGACCUAGUGUUGUAGAGCGGAAAUAAAAGCAUUCCAUAAUGUCUAAGCCUGUGGCUCCCAUCUUUGGGCUUCUUGACUCUGGACCUGGCCUGUGUCACAGGGUCCCCUCACAGUGGUACCCUCCUGUGUGGACUCCCAGCCAGGGAGUGGGCACUCCCAACGCCCUCCCAGUGACACUUGGAUUCCCUCCCGCCCGCCUGUCCUUGGGCCUCCAAGAAGACCUCUCACGUCACCUCCCAUGCCCCCUGGAGUCCCCGGGUGCCACCCCAGCUGAGGAGGGCCUCGGUCCCGAUGCUCACCUGAAAUGUGCCACCACUCAACGCAGUCGGGAGGGUCUGACAGAGGCAUGAAAAGACCGAUUUUCCUGCUGCUCUGGGGUCUUGAAGAAGCAGGUGGCGAUGGCACAUCCUACCGACUGGGCUGUGGAAACAGCAAGCUCUGGGGCUGCUGGCGCCCAGGCCGGGCCCACAGGACUCCAGUGGGAGUCUGCACUACCGUGCACAUCGUGAAGCAGCUCUGUGCCCACUUUUAGAGGCCCCAGGGGAAACAACCCAAACACCAGCAUCCCUGAUGCAACACGUCAAACCCUCUCAGCUCUCUGCUUGCUGUUCCUUGGGUGCCCCGGCACAUCACGCUGGCAUCACGGUCAUUCAGCCAGUCUCUCAGGUGCUCCUCAGGACUUCUGACCCCUGUGUGAGCACCAUGCUGGGGAUCAAUGGCUGGGACCCUGCUGUGUGCUGGGAGUACCCGACUGAGAAUCAGGACGGAGAACAAAGAAUGAAAAAGCGUGUCCAAACACCAGUACCGUUUCUUGUUGUUUUGGGACAGGGUCUCCCUGUGUAGCUCAGGCUCCCUUGAACUGACUGUGUAGCCCAGGCUGACCUCAUACUUGCAGUGAUCCCCCAAGUGCUGGGAUUACAGACAUAUGGCCCACGCCAGGCUUCAUUUCUUGACCAUUUGAGAGCCUUCCUGUGAAUGAACAUCAGCCACACGACCCUGUGACAGUGACACACCACAGCCCAGCACUGUAGCUGGGAGUCACAGAAAUGGUGACCUUAGGUUCCUCGGUUUCAGAAGGUGUGGAAAUUCCACCAGGACCCUGGAAUGCUACCUAGGGGGGCCAGGAGGGCUGGAAGGUCCUGUGUCCCCUGCAGGUCCCUUCUGCAGGAGACCACAGCAUGCAGGGACCAACAGGGCCACUGAGGCCCAGGACCACAACAGGAAGACCUGUCCCAAAUAUCAUCCAGGGCCCGGGGGAGAGGGAGGUGUGUGUGAGUGUGUGUGAGAGAUCAGAAUACGUGUUCAGUGUGAUCACUGUGUGUGUAUAUAUACAGAAAACUGUUUGGGGGGAGGAAAGCCCUUUUUCUGUUUGUCCUUCCUCAAGUACUGUUUCUCUUUUAUUUUUCUUUAAAUUUUAUUGAUGAGCAAUUUGUUGGGGUUUUUUAAUGAGCAAUUUGCAUGCUAAGAUACAUUUGCUUUCAACAUAGAGUUUGGUUUCUUUUUUAAUUUUCACUUUUACCAUUCCUACCAUGUCUUCAGUACAUGGUGGUUCCGUCCUUGUGGGUAGCUGGUGCGUAGACCUCGCGCGUUUUCAUUCUUUUCACGUCCUCUUCCCCACCGCUCCCUCCAUCUCCUGGUCCCCUUUCCAUUUGCAAAACAUUCUCCCCAUUUCCUAGUAUCUGUCUUUCAUUUGACUCUUUAUUUGUAGUUAGGUUUCAUAGUCUCAAAGUGGGAGAGCCAGCGACUGACGGAGGAGCCCCACAGACAGAGGAAAGAGGUGUCUGGACUGCCCGGUUCUGCCUUUUGUGGAAGGGGGCACCUUCAGCAGGGACUAGGGGGUGGGGCUGACCUGCGAAUUCACACACACACACACACACACACACACACACACACACACACACUCUUUGGACUGGGGGCCCUAGGGCUGAGUGAGAAGCUGUCUCAGAAGCGCAUGGUUGUAAGCAGGCCUGCACCUACCUACCAGGCCUUGCUUUGUCUCUGAAAUGGGACCAUGCCUCCACCUGCCUUUUAGAGUUGCAAGCAGGGUCAGAUGGGGGCUGCUGUCCGCCGCCUGCACAGGUGAGCUGGUGGGGUACAGGUGGAAGGAGGCAGCUGAGCAGGGCUCAGCCUCCCACCCUGGGGGUGUGGCUGCCCCAGGCCCAUGCUAGAGGCCUUUCCUCUCUGCCAGCCACUUCGUGGGGCUCUGAGUCUCAUGCCAGAAAGUUUGCUGGAAUUUAAUUUAUAAGAAACAGAUCUUUCUUUCAGAUGUCACCUAGAUACUUGCAGUAGCCAGCUGAUGUUAAUUCCCUGUAUAAAGGAAGCCUGUCCAUGGCUGGGCGUCACAGUGUGAGUGGCAGUGUUUGCUACCCUUGUUCAGUGCCACGCUGUCAGUGGCAACUGUUUACCCGCAGUCAGCCUCGCUCAUCUUAAAGCCAUGAGCAGCAACACUCUCACUCCUGCUUUCUCCGUAUCAAAUAAUUUGCUUCUUUUCUUCCAUUUUCUUAAAGUUGUUUAGUUUGUGCUUUCCUCUUCAGUUCUGCUUUAAAAUGUAUCUUCUUUAAAAAUUCCACUUCUCCCUAUUUUUUCAUAUUCUUACUGCAGACCAGAUUAUCUUUUUCCCCUCACCAGCUCUAUUAUAUUG